AUGUUCACGGCGAGCGUGAAGAGCUCGGACAUUGUCCCGAAGAGCUCGACGAAUCACUCACGACACGCACGAGUUGCUCGCGGCGCGCGUGCGUCGGCGCAACACCGUCCCACGGGCGGUGAGAGCUCCAUGGACCGGCUCGUGCUGAGUGACCCAGACCCAUUCUCGGCGAAGGCGCAAGACUACAUGAGCCAACCGGUGGCCUUCUUACGACCGGAGAUGGAGUUGAAGGACCCAGUCGUGAAGAAAUUUUUGAAGCGAUACACCGGAGUCCCCGUGUGCGACGCGUCUCGACACGUAAUCGGUAUCGUCUCGCAUAAGGACCUCGCCUUGGCGACGGUGGCAAACGACAGAAAGCUCAACGGAAGCAAAGUGAAGCAUGUGAUGAAAUCUCCCGUGCACUGCGUCACCGGGCAUACAAGCAUAGCGGCAUGUUGGGCCGAGAUGUUGAAGUGGAAGAUCUGGCGUCUUCCCGUGGUGACCGCGGACAAGAAACAACUCGUCGGUAUCGUUUCUCGUAGCGACGUCUUGACGCCGCUCAUGAACACCGCCGAGGACGCACGAACGCUCGGAGAAAUGUUGGAACGCGAAGAACAUCUCUCGCAGUUGGAAAAGAUGGAAGUGGAGUUUGAUGAAGACUCCGCGAUGACGGCUGAAUUUUUCACUGACGCCGCAGACGCCGCUUUGGAUGACGAUUUCUCGGACGACCAAGACGACCAAGACAAUGACGUUUAUCCCGAGGAUGACCAAUUCUGGUACCCGACCACGAUGACUCGCACACGGUGA